GCUUUAGUUUGGAUUCCCUUCUAGUUAUAUGAUCUCCAGUUCUCAACCUAGCGGGAUCCUCUUUUUUUUUAUUUUCUUUUUUUCGCGUUUCUUGUGUUGUUCUCAGUCCUUCCGGGGAUUCCAAUCCCCAGAGAUCAACCCAACCGGCUUAAUCGUGGUGUUUUAACUGAUAAUGAACUAAUAAUCCUCUCAACCCAACCAUGCGCUCAACUGCCCCCUCUUCCAGUUCUCCCAAACGGAGAGCUCUCCACGAGCGCAGCCCAUCCCACACGAACGAGGACUCCCCGCCGUCAUCCCUACGCGCCGUCAGUGACAAGUACCACCACAACACUGAUCCCGAGCCACACGAUGUUUACUCGGCCACUCCCUACCCGACCAAGCCAGAGCAGAUCCUCCUACCGCGACCCGGGAAGGGCCAGGACUUCAUCCCGGACUCCCGGUUCCAUGUCGAUGAAGCGCCGGACCUUUAUGCGGGGAACACGUCGACGGAACUCAGUCACAUCGCGGACAGUAGUAUGAUCGAUCGCUCGGUUAGUGAUCCCUGGGACUUGUCGUCGACCUUCGAUGCCGCGAACACCCCGUCUCAGGUCUGGGAGGACGAUCCAUCGUCGAGCAAGUCUUCCUUUCCGGAGCCCAUGCUUCCCGACCACAAGCCGACCGACCACAAAUCCGAUGAGGGUUCUGAUGUCGCAUACUCGGAUGAGGAGCCCAAUACCCUCCCUCUACCCAAAGCCGCCCCGACCAUCAAAACCGUCGUGUCUCAACCGCCGUCGCGGAACCCGUCGGGUCCAGAGACUCUGGCUUCAAGCAACUCGAGCCCCAACGUGGUGCCCAUUGGGCCACCUUCCAGCCCGAACUUUGUGGCGCUCGACAGCUCGAGUCUCAACUUCGUUCCUUUGGGUGCCUCUUCUAACCCCGGUUCCCUCACACGAUCGAACUCCCUGUCCUCGUUGAACUCGCUAGGCACGGUGAUCAGGUACAUCGGAGCUGCCCAGUGGACCCAUGGCUCGUCCUCGGAACAGUCCAGCUCCUCCCGCUCCCGCUCCCAAUCGGUCCGCUCCAACCCCCCCUACCAGGUGCCCUCGGUGCGGUCAAACUCCCUGCAGGCGCGAGAUCGGAGUCAUUCUGGGUCUGUCAGCACGUCAUCACGUAGCGGACCGUCCUCUGACAUCCAAGCCAUUGUCGAUAGCGGAGUGUUCAUCCAAUACCCGACCAUCCGUGCCCCGUCCUCGUCUAGCUCAAGGGUUGAUGUCUCAAACCACGGGGAUGCAUCAGAUCCGCCUCCACCGGAACCCACGGCGGAUUACGCUUCCGACCGCUUCAAAUCACACCUGUCUACGGUCACGUCUAGGUGGUCCGCCGAGUGUGACUCUAGAAGCAUCUCCCCGGCCGCAGACUCUAUCGACAAUAGUCUGGGGCAUCCUAGACGGCCUUCGCCGGCGCUAGCCCGCCAGCACCGAACCUCGUCCUCGAUGUGGCUAGUGACGGACUCGGAUAAUGACGAGCAGAUGGAUAACAUCUCCAGCUUGCCCGCGCGUCCCUCAAACCCAGCGGUUCCUUCCAGUCUUUCGUCGGAAUCCCGAAAGAGCAGCAUGCGGAGCAAUAUGCGACCUCCUACCAGUGGAAGCUUUUCCUUCAACAUCCUCCCUAAUUGGGCCAGGGUGUACUACCAGUCCCACGACCAAGCUGAGGAUCCCGCCGUACCCGGAACAGACGCCGGUCGUCCAUCAUCUGCACGGCCCACGACCUCGCACACAACCCACACCAACCCUCUCCACCGUUUGCCGACGGCGAUGAGUCGUUCGCGGACGAGGACAAUGGGCAGCGAAAUGCGAGAAAGCGUGCGGUGGAAACCCGACCCUCGGGACCCGCGGAGCCACUGGGCGAGAGAUCCAGAGGCGGAGAGACGAGAGACCUCUCGCCAUCGACUGCGACAAAGCUGGUCUCCGCAUCUGUUUCCAGACAGACGCGUCAAUGGUCCUAGAGCAGGCACAUGGGGAGCGCCGUCGUUGGAUUCUCGGAUGGAGCCCCUCUUCGGUCGGAGGAAUAUCCAAGUGUGGUCGUUCUGCGUUGGUUUUGUAUUCCCACUCGCCUGGCUCAUUGCGUCAUUCCUUCCCCUGCCGAACCAACCAGACAUGACUCUGGCGGAGGGGGAUGUGGAGAACCAGCUCGAAAUGACCCUGCGCAUGCGGUUGCGCGAUCUUGAAAGAAAGCGAUACGAAAACGCCCGCUGGUGGAGGAACCUCAAUCGUUGGAUGAACCCUCUAGGGCUGGUGAUUAUCACCAUCGUUAUCACACUGGCUGUUGUAGGCACAACGGUGGGCUUCUAAAGCAGACAUUAUGACUGUCAAGUCCAGUCAACAUACCUGUCGCUCAUCCGCCUACAACUUCCCUCUAACGCCUUGCAUUACUAUUUACCCCUUACCACCCCUCGCGGGCUACGCCUGCGCCUAUUCUCGAUUGGAUCGAUCU